ACACAUUUUACUUUUCUCCAGUCCCUUUACUCUACUUGUCUCGAGAUGCCUAAUGAUGCUACUAACAAGGGUAUGAUACAGCUGUACUUUUUGUGCGCUGUAGCCAUUACCAACUCUGCUGUUAAUGGUUAUGAUGGUUCUAUGAUGAACGGUUUGACGGCCGGUCCUAACUGGAACGGAUAUUUCGGUCAUCCUUUGGAUAACCCUUCAUUGCUUGGACUUAUCAACGCUAUUAUGUCCGUUGGUUCCUUCAUUGGUGUUUGGGUUGCUCCUUAUCUCAGCGAUAACUACGGUCGUAAGAAGGCUAUCAUCGUCGGUUCCGUUAUUAAUUUGGUUGGUGUUGCUCUCCAAUCUGCCGCUGUCCAUGUUGGCAUGUUCAUUGCUGCUCGUUUUAUUCUUGGUUUCGGUAUCGCUAUUACUGGUAACGCUGCUCCCACACUUGUCGUCGAAAUUGCCCAUCCCAAAUACCGUGGUACUAUUACUGGUCUUUACAACACCACUUGGUAUGUUGGUUCUAUCAUUGCUGCCUGGGUCACAUUCGGUACUGUCAACAUCGACAGCACUUGGUCCUGGAGAAUUCCCUCUAUGCUUCAAGCUUUGCCUUCCUUGCUUCAAGUUAGUGCCAUUUUCUUCAUGACCGAAUCUCCUCGUUGGUUGAUUGGUCGCGGCCGUGACGAAGAAGCCAAGGACAUUCUUAUCAGACUUCACGGUAACGGUGACCCCAAUGACGAGGUUGUUCGCGUUGAAUUCGCUGAAAUCAAGGAGGCCAUCGCCAUGGAACAGGCUGUCUCUAAGCGUGAAUGGAAGGAAUUGAUCGAAACCCCCGGAAACCGCAUGCGUACUUUCAUUUGUAUCUGUGUUGGUCUCUUCUCUCAAUGGUCCGGAAAUGGUAUCACCUCUUACUACUUGACUCCUAUGAUGAUCAACAUUGGUAUAACAGAUCCUUACAAAAUCACUCUCAUUAACGGUAUCAAGAACAUCGUUGAUUGGAUCUUCGCUGUUGGUGGUACUUUGAUGCUUGAUCGCGUUGGUCGCCGCCCAAUGUUCAUGAUUUCCAUGGCUGGUAUGAUUCUCGGUUACGUACUCGUCACCGGUAUGUCUGCUGCCUAUAACAACGAUCCUACUGGUCCUAGCGCCAACGCAUACGGCCAAGCUUCCGUUGGUUUCAUUUUCAUCUACUCUGCCUUCUAUGAUAUUGCAUGGACCCCUAUGACAGUUUUGUAUCCAGUCGAAAUUUUACCCUUCACCAUUCGUGCUAAGGGUAUGGCCAUCCAGGGUGCUGCUGUCGCUAUCGCUCUAUUCUUCAACCAGUAUGUCAACCCAGUUGCUCUUGCCGCCAUCGGAUGGAAAUACUACAUUGUGUACGAUAUCUGGCUUGUCGUUGAAUUUUUCAUCGUCUGGAGAUUCUUUAAGGAGACUCGUAACAAGACUCUUGAAGCUCUUGCUGAAGUCUUCGAUGGUCCCAACGCCGCUCUUGUUGUUGCUGAGCAACAUAAACUUGAAGAAUUGGCCAGCUUUGACAACCUCGAAAAGGUUUAAAAGUGUUAUCAUAAUAGCAGCCUUAUCGUAGAACCAACGUAAUUAGUAUACAAUUUAUUCUAUUUUGUUAAGCCUGACCGAAGUGGUCCACAUUCUUACUUAUCAUAUUCGGAGCCAAUAACGCUAUUUAAC